AUAAAGAAAUUAAGUAAAGUAGCGGAGCGUCCUUCUGAAUCCGAUCGACCAUGGAGCGUUCCUCCGUCGCCAAGGGAGGCGUCAGCAAGUCCAGCCGCAGUGGGCCCCUCCAACGGUCGAGGAGUCUCAGCCGAUACUCCGGCCGAUUCCCCCCGCCGCCGCAGGUUGCUGACGACUUCUCGACGCCACGCGGAAGGUUCGUCAACAAGGUCCGCGGGGCCGGCGUCCCGGAGAUCAGCGUCGAUGACCUUGCGGAGGAGUUUUUUAGGGCUAGGGCUGAGUCGGAUGAGGAAAGUGAGCCUUCCUACGCCAAGAAUCGGCGUCGGAGUUCUGUCGCUAGCUACUCGAGAGAGACGGAGUCGUCCCGCCAGCGUGGGAGGUCCGUAUCAAGGCCUCCUGAUCGACUGGCAGCGCCGCCGAAGGGCGUAUCCGAGAGCGUCUCCAGGCGGCGAAGAUCCCUCUCUGUUGCUCCGUAUCGGUACAGCGACUCGGAGAAUGAUGUUGAAUCUCAAAGUUCUAGCAUUAAAAGUGAACCAAAGACUUCUGGCAGCAGUAUAUUGCAGCAAUCGUCAUCACAUAGAGUAGCAAAGAAGGAUGUUUUUGGCAGGUCUAUGAGUCAAAUAGAUUUUUACCGCUCGCAAGAUAGCUACUCGAGCCAUUCUUCUUCAUUAACUGAUGAAGAAGCCCAAGAUGUUCAUUCAAGAAUGUGCGGGGAUGAAAAGACAAUCCAAACAAUUUAUGUCCAGGAAAAGCUCAUGGCCACAAAAGAACCCUUGGGCUAUGCUAAUGGGAAAAGCAUUCAGACAAAAAGCUCAGAAGCUCUGCAAACUAUUGUUGAAAUCAGAAGAAACUACACAACCAAACUUGAAGAGUCAGAGAAGCGCAAGCAGGAAUUGUUAGCUCAGUUAGAGAAGGAAGAAGAACGUGGUCAGGAGCUUUGCAAAAUUGUGAAAGAUCUGCUCCCUUCAAUAAGGCCUGCUGUUCCAGAAAGGCAAUCGAGGUCCAGAAGAAGGAGCAACGAUAGAACAAGAAUGUCUAAGCGACUGACUGAAGAAGCAGAGAAGUACUUUGCAGAUUUUCUUAAUAAUGUUGAAGAUACAGAUAUAUCUUCUUUUGAUGGAGAAAGGAGUGAUACAAGUUCAAGCAUACGAGAUCCCGGUUUUAGCUACUUCAAAACAGAAACUUAUGACAGUUCCUUGAGAACUAGGCCUCCACCUACUGAUGCAGACAGCGUUAUGCUUCCUUGGUUGCAAUGGGAAACUAGUACUGGUCCAUUUUCGCCAUGCAAAAAUAAGCCUGGAGUUCCAAUUUCCACAGGAAACCACUCAUAUGCUGCUGCUGCAAUAGUGCCCAUACAGGAGGCAGGUGCUGAGAUCAGUAAUGACAGUAAGAUAUCAAGCAGUUUGGGUAGUUGGAGCCCCGGAGAAAUCAAAGGCUCUUCCACAGCUACCAUCAACAGAGGACACAGCAAGUUCAGACUUCUAAAUCAUUUUUCUGAUGGCAGAACAUGCCCAUCUUUGUUCAACUUGGAUGAGUACCUGAACUUGAAUCAAGCCGAAGAUCUUCUUUUCGAGAGGCUGAGGCAGAGGCAAAGAAUAGAGUAUGGUGGAAUUAUACUCUGUGGAGGACAAAGUUAUUUCAUUGCUUAAUCAAUCCUCAAAUUUUGUUGUUCAUCAGAGAACUUGUGCAUAAUUCAGUAGGCUAAAGUCAGCAAUCCUUUUACUUUCUAAUGCUGCUUAUAAGUUGAACAAAUAGCUGACCCACUUUCGUAUACAGUCGCAUCCAACUGGUGUAAUUGGUGAAAAUGAAUUCCUUCUCAUUCAAAUAGAGAUGUAAUUGGUCUAAUUUAUCGUCUUAUCUUCGUCGAAAUCUCUUUUGAGAAGUCA